AUGGCGCGAAUUCCACCCAACAAACCAAAUAUUAUUAAUGAAGAUGGGAAUAACGUAGGAUCAAAAGCUGGCCCAUAUACAGAAGGUGGUGAUAUGAAACUUACAUGUCUUGUAUCUGGAGGUCGUCCAGCGCCUACAAUCCGAUGGUGGCGCGGUGAAACGCUCCUAGAUGGUAAGGAUAGUCCCGGAGACUUCAUCACUGUAAAAAGAAACACAUUGAUUGUUCGAAAACUUGACAGAUCAGAUUUGCAUGCACAAUUUACCUGUCAAGCGUCGAACAACAACAUCAGUCAACCAAUAUCCGCUUCCGUAGCUAUUGAGAUGCAUCUACAUCCUCUAAAUGUAUCCAUAUUAGCUAGUGAAGAAUCACCUCUAAGUGCAGGACGUAAAUACGAAAUUAAUUGUAUGACCGUGUGCUCGCGACCGCCAGCCAACCUUACCUGGUACAUAGAGGGACAACUCCUCACGAAUUAUACAGAAAAGAUUUCACCAGAUGGGAAUAUGACAACAUCAAUUUUAACAAUCGUACCAACUUUACAUUAUAACGACAAGUCAAUCACUUGUCGAGCUGAAAAUCGGAAUGUGAAAGGGGCAGUUGAGGAAGAUACAUUAAAACUUAAUAUUUUAUACGUUCCAAUUUUAAAUCUUAAACUUGGCUCUAGUAUGAACGCCGAUGAUAUUGAAGAAGGUGAUGAUGUUUAUUUUGAAUGUAAAAUUGACGCCAAUCCUGUAGCAUAUAAAGUAGUUUGGAAACAUAACGACAAUGUACUACAGAACAAUGCAAAAAUCGGUAUGAUAGUACAGCAGACGAGUCUCGCUCUACGUAAAGUGAAUCGAUCACAGGCGGGCAAUUAUUCUUGUAUAGCAAGCAACGUAGAAGGUGAUGGUUUUAGUAAUGUUGUUGAACUAAAAAUCAUGUAUAAACCAAUCUGUCUUUCCGAUCAGAAGCGCAUUUACGGCGUAACGCGAUAUGAAGAAGCGCACAUCGUUUGUAAGGUGGAAGCUUUUCCACUACCAGAUAGCUUCCGUUGGACCUUUAAUAACACUGAAGAAAUGUCAGAAGUACCUCAAGCUCGGUACAAAGACUCCACUCGUCAUGCCGAAAGCAUUCUCACAUAUAAGCCAGUCAGCGAAAUGGACUACGGAACAAUACUUUGCUGGGCUAGCAACAUCGCCGGCCAGCAGAAAAACGCUUGCAUAUUCCACAUCAUAGCGGCAGGUAAACCUGAACCACCUUACAACUGCACACUAAUGAAUCAAACUACCAAGUCACUAGCGGUUGAAUGCACAGCUGGCUUCGACGGUGGCCAAAUUCAGCACUUCCAACUGGAGGUUUAUGACCAACAAACAGGACAACUCAAGGCAAAUAUGAGCUCGAAAGAAAACGCUGCCUUCAGCGUACGCGAUCUCCAAUCCGGACGCGUAUUACGCAUGACUGUGUAUGCGGUAAAUUCAAAGGGCCGAAGUGAAUCCGCCUUGCUCGAGGGAUUCACCCUUAAGGUUGCUGAAAAACAAACCGGAACUCCUGUGCCUUUCGAAAUCACACCUCUUCUCGGAAUCCUGAUUGGUGUCAUGGCAGCCUUACUAUCAUGCACGGUAACAAUAUUACUUGCACUCAAAGUAAGAAGCAAUAGACGAGCUCAACGACCCAGUAAUCUGCCUCUAAAGAAGACGGUAGCACCAAGUUCUGAGGACUUAUAUGAUACUGACGACCGUAAUCCUGAUGUUGUUCCCACAAAUAAAGACUCGGACUACCAAUUGACGGGUUCCACGGCAGGGACACCACUAGCGGUACAAGAUACACGGUACACCACUAGCGGCACCCCUGAUGGCAUCUCAAUGACGUUACUCUCGUUAAAUCAGCAAGUAAAUCAUUUAACGACCUACUCGCACAAUGACUACCACAAUUAUUCAACGCUACCGCGGAGCGGCGAGGUGACAUACGCUGAAUUGUGCCUAGUGCAACCUUCGACACUAACUACAGUCACAGGUAUAGAUAGUAAGCUUUCGAUCCUUAGCGGCCUCGAAAGCCUCAUCGGUUUUGAUGGUAUUGCCGGAGGUGUUAUUAUUGGAAACAAACUGAGAUGUCCCAAAGAGGCAACGGUCUACACCUGCAUCGACUACAAUGUUCGACCGCCGAAGAUUGGUCAACUUUCAUCUUCAUCGACUAUGACUACGACGGCUACAUUAGCCUCACCACCGCCUGUUAAUAUAAUUCAGGACUCACUUCAAGUAAAACAAGAUCAACAACAACCACCUCAUUAUCCACGGGAAGUGGUGACAGUUCGUACACCCCUAAUAUCAAGCCAAGAGAGUUGUGUAUAG